UCGUGUUUGCUCGCUGUCGUUGUUCGCCGUUUCUGUGUAAUCAAACGUCUGCCUUAAUCGUGAUUUUCAAGUGCCACCUCCGUGUUGGCUCGACCAGAAUGUCUCACGCAAUUCCAACAUGUUAUACGAUUGUGAAGUUUCCGAAUGAGGAGAAUCAAGUGGCAGUCGUGCCAUCCUCUUGGGUAGUUGGAACAUCUUGCUACUGGCCUCCAGAAAAGGAAGAAAGGAAAAUUGGCCUUUAUGUUCGAAAAAACAAGGUCCCCAGUUUGGACUGGCAGUUCCUCGAUUGUAACUCACUGGAGACUUAUGAAACUUACGAAGAAGCGCGAGAAAUGCUGCCGCUUGCAGCAAGCACUUCAGACUUGAAUGCUGACAGAGAGUAUGGACGAGGAAAAAGGAAAAGAGUAAGGAGGGUGUACGCUGACGAAGAAGAUGAUUGUUCUCCACCUGUUACCCCCCCAUAUCGGACGGAACCGAAGUCCAUUCUAAACACUGUUGCUGUGGAACCUGUGCAAACAAGGCCACGCCCUUUAAUAAUUCCUUCUGAGGAUGAAGAUUCGUUGCCACCCACUCCUCCUCUUCCUCCCCGGGUCAGGGAGAAAUCUCGUGCACGUGAUGUUUACAGCCAACAACCACUGCAUCUCACCAGUCCUAAAGCUGGUCUCUCCUCCUCAUUCCCAUGUUCCUCCAAGCACCAGGCAUGUCACACGAAUACAAGAUCACAGCCAGCACUGGAAGAAAGCCUUAGUUUCCAAAGUUGGAAGAAACAACAUGUGUUCGUGCACCGUGAUGAAACUGAAGUGCUCCCUGAGUUGCCAGCACAGCAGUCUGUGUUACAUGCACUUGAGCAACCAACACGUGGUAGAGGCUCUGCCCAUUUCAGCAGUGACCGUGGUGAAGAUGAGAGGUCUCUGAGGUUCGAGCACAUUGAAUCAGCAACAGGAGCGCAGAUCAUCGACGGUUCCUGUACAUCAUUGGUUCCUGAACGUUCGGGCCGUAGACCUUCUCACACAGCUGUCCGUGUGUCUCCAAAGAAAUCUGCAUGCGGGUCAGAAUUCGAGAAGAAGAUCCUUCGUACGAUUAACAUCAUGAGCCUUCGCCAACUGGAGCACUCUAAUCAGCUUGACUUGAUCGUUUCAUGGCUGAAAACUUCGAAAGGUACACAAGAAGACGAAAUGGUUUUCCCUGGGCCGUUCACCAAUGUGGAAAGUUUUCUCCAAUUUGAUGAAGAAGUGCAGAAGUCAGAUGCCAAAAAACGCCAGCUGCAAAAGUACAUGAUGAAGCUUGGUGGCACCAACUGCGGGGACAAGGCAAGACGAGUCUUAUAUGCACUUCUCUCGGACGAAGUAGCCCAACAAUUUAAUUGGACUGGCAUCGGUGGGAAGAAGAAGUUCUGUUCACUGGAAUGCUGCAGUAUCAUGUGCAGUGCUAUCAACAAAAUGAGCGACACUGGCACCAUCGCUGAGACUGAAAAGGCAGUGCAGACAUGGUUGCGACAUGAAAGAAUGAUCAAGAAGGCAGCAAAGAAGAAUGUUGCACCAUAG